GAUCCGAGCGUAACAUCAUCGUAACAGACCGCACAGGAGACAGAGCCACCAACGGCAGCGACGAACAGUCCGGAGCGUGGUGGUGCUCUAUGCUAGUGCGGGUUGCAGAUCGAUCAAAGCGAGGUGCUUGUGUUCCAAAAAAUUGCUCGAUCGUUGCAUAAGAUCGGUGCAGAGUGUGCAGUGUGUGUGUGUGUCAGCGAGAGAUAGAGACCAAAACCAAAAGAAGAAAAAGAAGCUGCAAAGUGCAAAGUGAAUUUCGUGAAAAACGUGUUCAUCCAUCCAGCGACAACUCCGGGUCCAAAGGUGUACGACCGCGAGUGUGUGUGCGUGUGUAUGAUUAGCGAUCGGACAAACAAGCAAACAUAAAUGAGGUCACAGCGACUACGACAACGCACACCAUCCGUACCGUCAACAAUGGUCCGCCGUACCGGCAUGAAUGAUGCUGCGAGCAGCGACUACUACUCGGCGGCUACUAGCCACCGACGCCGAGCGACUCCAGUGGCAGUGUUGAUCCUGGUUUGCCUUACCGUGGCCACACUGCCCGUUAGUGAGGGCCGCUUCGCGCGUCGCUUUCCGUCCGACUUCCGCUUUGGCGUAGGCUCGUCCGCCUACCAGAUCGAGGGCGGAUGGAAUGCAAGCGGUAAGGGAGAAUCGAUCUGGGACCGUAUGACCCACCAGCAUCCGGAAAAGAUUGCCGACGGCAGCAGCGGCGACAUCAGCUCCGACAGCUAUCACAAUUGGCGAAGGGAUGUACAGAUGGUACGCGAGCUCGGUGUCGACGUGUACCGGUUCUCACUCUCGUGGCCACGCAUCAUGCCGAACGGAUUUGUGAACAGUGUGAACAAGGCAGGGAUCCGUUACUAUAGCAAUCUGAUCGACGAGUUGCUACGGUUCAACAUCACCCCGAUGGUGACACUCUAUCACUGGGAUCUACCGCAGCGCUUCCAGGAGCUGGGCGGUUGGACAAACCCGGAGCUGAUCGAAUACUUCCAAGAGUACGCGAAGGUCGCGUUCGAGCAGUUUGGUGAUCGCGUCAAGAUCUGGACCACUAUCAACGAACCGUGGCACGUGUGUGAGCAUGGAUACGGUGUCGAUUUUAUGGCACCGGCACUUGACUAUCCGGGCAUCGCAUCCUACCUGUGUGGCCACAAUCUACUGAAGGCGCACGCCGAGGCAGUUCACAUGUACCGACGCAUCUUCCAGCCGAAGCAGCAGGGCCAGAUCGGUAUUACGCUUGAUACCUCUUGGCCGGAGCCGGCCACCAAUUCGGAGGAGGAUCGCAAUGCGUCCGAGAUGGCGGCACAGUUUUAUCUCGGUUGGUUCGGACAUCCGAUUUUCUCGGCCACCGGUAACUAUCCGCAGCUCAUGAUCGACCGCAUCGGGGCGAUGAGCCGCCAGCAGGGUUACACCAAGUCCCGGCUACCGAGCUUCACACCGGCUGAGAUUGAGCGGAUCAAGGGUACGGCGGAUUUCUUUGGCAUCAACUCGUACACCAGCAUCCUGGUGCGCAAGAACGAUCGGAACAACUCGGCCAACUUUCCGGUUCCGUCGUUCAACCAUGACAUGGGCGUGGUAGAAUCGGCCAGUCCCGACUGGCCAUCGAGCGGCUCCGUGUGGCUUCAUGUUGUGCCGUCCGGUAUGAGCAAGCUGCUGAACUGGAUCCGACGAGAGUACAACAAUCCCCUGGUCUACAUCACGGAGAACGGUGUGAGCGAUCGGGGCGGUACUAAUGAUCUGAAGCGUAUCGAUUACUUCAACUCGUACCUGGAGGCCGUGCUAAAUGCCUUAGAGGAUGGCUGCAACAUUCAGAUGUACAUCGCCUGGAGUCUAAUGGAUAGCUACGAGUGGAAGGCCGGCUACACGGAAAAGUUUGGGCUCUAUCACGUCGAUUUCAGUAGCCCCAACCGGACACGAACACCGAAAGCAUCCGCCAAGGUGUACGCUAACAUUGUCCGGACGCACCAGAUCGAUUGGAGCUUCCGGCCAACACCAGAGGUGAUGAUACUGGCACCAUCACCCUACCAGUCGGGCAGUGAGCGGCUAAGUGUUCGAGUGCCUGUGAUCUGUCUGCUGGUUGCCUCGAUCGGAGCGCUAGUCAAAGCCCUGUUUUGCUAAUUGAUGCCACCGACAAGACCUACCUUAACCCAACCCCUUUCUGCGAUGCGUCUGUGCCUUACCACUUGUGUGCUCGCGAUUUAUUUAUAAAAUACGCUCCAUGUGAAGCGCGUCUGUGUGCCUUUUGUGAGAUAGUUAGGUUUAGAUCUAGACGUAGAAGAGAUAACCGCAUCGACGUUAUCUUCAUUGUCAAUAAACGAAACAAAUGAAUCGAAA